UUUUUUUUUUUGGGUGAGAAAUCUUCUUUCUUGGUAGAGGGCAAGGGCAGCAAUGGCGGACGGGAAGAAAUCGAGAAAGAGGCAAAGGAAGAGCAAGGGCGGUGCCGGCCAGGAGGACGUCGCAGAGAAGAAAGCUGAGGAAGAGCCUCUCCAGAAGCAAGCGAAGGUGGAUGAGCAGAAGCACGUCGCCGUCGCCCUGGCAAGGCCACAACAGGAACCUCAGUCGGAGGACAACCACACACAACAGUCGCAGGGGCUAUCUUCGAACGCGCAACAGCCACAGCAAGAAAAGACAGAACAGACAUUCUACCAGCGAACCAAUCCGCACAAGCCCAGUGCGCUUCCUCAUCUCGCCUCUUCCCACACGCCCGCGAGAAAGUACACCGUGUCAGUCGCCCUGCCUGGGAGCAUUGUUCUCAAUGCCCAGACGCCCGAGCUACAGGCCAGGCUAGCUGGCCAGCUGGCGAGGACGUGCGCCAUAUUCAAUGUCGAUGAGAUCAUCGUCUUUGAUGAGGGUCAAGAUGAACAGGCCAACGACACGAGGAGAUUCCCGCCAAGGCCUGCUGCUAGAAAGUGGAAGGAGGAUGGCCAAGAGGAGGGCAUGGGUGAGGAAGGUGAACCGCAAGGCGAACGAAAGCCCUUCGAUGCCAACGGGUUCCUGGCCAGGAUUCUACAGUACGUCGAGACGCCCCAGUACCUCCGCAAGCAGCUCUUCCCUAUGCAUCGCGAUCUGAGGUUGGCCGGCCUCAUCGCGCCCCUCGACUGCCCUCACCACCUCCGCUACGAGGACGAGAGCGCGUACCGCGAGGGCAUCGUGCAGGAUGUCACGUCUUCCUCUGCGCCCUCCGCGGCAAAGGGAGCAAGCACAAAGACCGUCUACGUCUACGUGGGCUUCCGCGAUGCCCUAUCGUGCAGGGUGCCUUCCCACGUCGACGUGCCCGUCGGUGCGCGCGUCACUGUGCAAAUGCCUGGGCCUGGGGUGCAAUACCCGCGUAUCGUCUCGCCGCGUACGCCCGUCGAGCAGCUCGGCACCUUUUGGGGCUACCAAGUCCGGCUGGCUCGGGGCGGCGUGUCCGAGGUGCUCAACGACUGCCCGUGGUCGAGCAGCGCAGGCUACGACCUCGUCAUCGGCACUUCCGAGCGCGGCAGCAGCCUCAGUGCUCUGCUCGAGCAGACUUCUGCAGCCUCGGCAACAAAGGGCGAGCAGGGUAUCCCACCAUUUGAUCACGCCCUCAUCAUGCUCGGUGGUCUGAGUGGGCUCGAGGUGGCCGUGGAGCGAGACGCAAAGAUCCAUCUGGAUGCAGACGGCGCUUCCAGGCUCUUUGAUCUUUGGAUCAACGUCGUCGAAGGACAAGGCAGCCGGACGAUCCGGACCGAAGAGGCCCUCAUGAUCACGCUAGCAAGGCUCAAGACGGCGCUCGAAGCCACUGGGAGACGAUGAAAAGGCAACGCAUGCACUACUGUACAAUACCAGCCAUCGCUAGCUUGUC